CCCCUCGCGUUUGCAAUUCGGCAUGGUGUUCAUUGUCCACAUUCAUUCACAUUUGGCACGUGAGCACGUGAAAAGCAAAAGAAAUCGCAUCAUGCAUGUCGACCAAACUGUUCGCAUCAGCAGUCUGUCUCAACGAGUUCUGCCGAUUGAUUAUUUCCUGGAGCUCCUUUGCCUCUUGUCCUGCAGCCACGCACCGGGAAUACCAUCAAUAGAGACGUGUCAAACUGCAUACAGCCGUGCACCACUGCAGUGGGACGUGUGUCCUCACCUCUGUUGGCUCCUGCGUGUUCGCCUGUUCUUCCUCCUGUCUCUUCAGCUCCCGCCGCAGCCCACGCAAGAAGGGCUCAUACCGCUCCACCCACAGCUUGUCGAAGCUCUCGACAGCCUGAACACACAGACAUGCGCACAAAUCAGCCAUAUCCGCAUGGACGCAUCGAAUCCUUCCUGUGUGUCUCACCAUGUAGGUCUUGUGCUUGUUGAGCCCUUUCUUGUUGAGUCCCGCGCCGAGAAAUGUCGACAGGCCCUGCAUGGCCCUCGCCACCAGCUCAAAGAGGGACGUCCGAUGGAGUAACAAGACUGUGCCCCCAACGAGUGGCGCCACACGGGCGACGAUCGAGGCCACAUACAUGAGCAGGAAUGCCAACCAGUCGAUGACGAUUGUGCCGGCCGAUAGCAGUAGGAGCACAGAUGCUGUGGCCACGACUGCCCAAGAGGUCGCAGGCGAUCGCCACUUGAGAAUCCCUCGGAGGGUUUCGAUUUUCAACAGCAGUUUGCGGCUCUUCUUCUGCAAAAAAAAGAGACAUGAGCUUGGAUCGACCCGUAGAGACACAGCAUUCUCUUACCUGUGCAAGCCUGAUGCGGUCCUUGACAUGUGACGGUGCUCCGGCCAGCACGAAUGCCAGCCAUGGGCCAAGCUCUAGCUCCGUUUCCUGCCCCUCAUCAAUGUCCUCCUUUUUAUUCUCAACUGACACAGCAGAGAAGGGCGGGUGACAGACAUAUGUGGUGUGUGGGGGUGCUCAUGUCUCCAGCUUACGGUUCUUGGUACUGCUUGGUGAGAUGUCCUUCAGCCUAUCCGUGACUCCAGUAAGGACUGCGCCUGGAGUUGCCGCCACCCCCUCUAUCGCAUCUGCGGCCAGAUUGAGGGUGCCGCCUACCACACCGGUCACGGCAUCGACUGCACCAGUCCCGAGACCCACAGCCAUGCCGGAAAAACCGCCCCUUUGAAAGCCCUGCACCGGAGACUCAACCAGGGAAGCCACACCACCCAGAGUGGAGGUGGCGAAGCCUUCCACGCCCGUUAGGAGCGCAUCGCCAACAUGGGAGAGCUUCUUACGGCGGCGCACUGGCGAAGACGACCCUGAAUGGACAGCCAAAAGAGGCGAGGAUGUGAUAUUACUCUCUUUCGUGUGAAGACGGUCAAUGCUGACUUCCGUAGAUGAGUGCGCCGGGUGUGUUGGCCAGUCCUCUCAGCGUGCUGCUUGCGAAGCCUCCCACCCCGCUGAAUGUGCCCGUGACGGCCCCUGUGACACCUGAUGUAAGGCCGGUGACAGCGCCGAGUGCCCCUCGCUCCGAUGCGCCCUCGAAUGUUUCAGUAAAGAUGCCCACAAAGCCGCCAAGUGUCUGCUCGUGAAGGGCCUGGGAGACCACGAAGACAGACAGGCAAAUGUGUCAGUAGGGAUGAGGGUUGACCUUAAAGCCGGCGGCAAGGCCUUGGCCGACGUCCGUCGGGUCCAGCUGCUGCGUGGUCUCAAGCUCUUCCAUCAUGUUGAGGAAACGAUCCUGAAAGGUGGGCACGUCGAGGGGCGGCAGAGGGUGUUUGCGCGUGUGCAUCAUGAGUGCGAUGAAGCAGAUGAAGAAGAACGGCAGGAUGAGGGCCGGGAAGAAAUAAAGCAGCCAGAAGCCCAGCAGCACAAGCGAGGACACAAUGGGGUCCUUCCAGUCGAGCACUGAGUUCGCCCAAACAGCAGCCUACAGCAACGACACACAAAGGAGGAAAGUGCAUAUAUACAAAUGUCUCCGUAACCUCCCCUUUGCCGUCUACCUUUUCCAGCAUUUCGUCCCAGAGAAUGAGCUUCAUGCGCAUCCCAUUGGCAUACAGCUGGUUGAGGUCAUAAACCGGCAGAUGCUUGGGCCGGGGUGGCACCGGCAGGCACCCAGCCAAAAGCUCUCCCGUCAUCGUGAACUUGGCAGUGACUCGCAGACGGAUGAAGCCUGCAUAUAGGAGACAUUCCAUGGCAUUCAUCAAAGAUGCAGUAAGUGAGCAUUCGUCGGCUUGAUUGUGUUGUCGAGAGACCUGCGCCCUGCAUCUCGAAGGCCUGUGACGGCAGGAUCCGGAACCAUCCCUCGACGGUCUGGCCGCUGACCAGGUGCUUGAUGGGGAAGAUGAUCUCCCCCAGCAGAUCGUCAUAGCCGACAACAUCGAAGUCAUAUACCUGUCAAAGACACGGAAGCAUCCGUACCGAGCCGAUUAAUGUGUGCGUCUCCUUUGUCCACUGACCUCCAGAUGCAGCACACUCAUGGGAUGGUGGACGUGCAUGACGAAGCUUUCGUUCCAGACCGGCUCGAGCGUCCUGCUCUGCGUCGUGCUCGUGCCCACAGAGAUCAUCGCGCGCUUGAGGGGAGACAGAGACAGGAUCUUGGGGUGGGACACAGACGGAUCAAGGGGCUUUGACAGCGUCAUCUUCACAUACGGAUCACUGGCACACGGACACAUCGCCAUCCAUGCCCAUCAGUGUCCAUCAUCUUGGGCCAUUCGUUCCCACCUGAAUCCAUUUGUGUCGGCUGCAGGCAGCCCCUUGGCCUCCAGCACGGUGAUGGUGAACUCACAGUACCCCUGCCUCUUGAGCGCCUCUGCCGGAUUCGUCAGGCACAGCCACGGGUCAAACGGUGCUGGGCCCUUCAAAGCAGCAAGGUCCGUCUUGAGUGUUGGUUCAGGCAGCACACGUGUAGGCGGACUCGUCGACUUCUCGAAUGCACUCGGCGCCGACUCCUUUGCCCGCAUCGACAAGCCACGUGAAAGGCCCAACAUUCCCGUCUUCCUGGUGUCCUCCGUGGCUGAAGACGGGCUGGGGCUGGCGCUUGCCGCAUGUGUGGCCUCAUCCUCUUUUUUCCUUUUGUCAGUCGCUGAGGCUGAUGGAGCGACAGCAUCGCUCGUCUCCUUCGGACGAGAUGGUGUGGCCUCCCCAGGGAUGACGCGAGGGGGCUCCUGCCCAGAGAGGGCCUGCUCAGGAGGCCGGUGCCGGCCGAGGCAACACGAACACAGCAUUCUCUUCCGCUGCCGGGCUGCCCGGCCCCCAGACAACAAUAGUAUGAAACAAUAGUAGCCCCGCGCUGUGCCUAACAUCACCAU